CUUCCUAUAGGGACUGAAAACCAAGUGAGGAGAUGAAGGAUUGCACUAUAGAACGCCACGUAAUAGAGAGAGGAUAGAGACCACAGAUAGAUCUGACCAUCACCCAAGGAACAACUGCACAACUGUGCGAAGACACCGCGUCUCUUCUCAGCAUUGCUCAACACAGAGAAAGUUGGGUAGUGAAACCAUCAUCCAGAAAUCAGUUGGGUCAGGGGGAUUUUGGCAUAUCAUGAGCCGCUGACUCACUGCUAUAGCCGUGGGGCUGUUUAAGUGAGAGGUCUGUGAGAAGAGCUACACAAACUUGUAAGGUCUCUACACAGACAAGGUACAUCUGUUGUACUACUAUUAACACAAGGGCAGCUACAUGAAAGAGAAACCAUUCAAGUGUACGUUGUGCGACCGAGCUUUCGCAAGGUCACUGACACUCACAAAUCACCAACGUAUUCACACUGGGGAGAAGCCAUUCAAAUGUGAGGUGUGUAACAAGGGCUUCACACAGCUAUCGGGCCUGCUGAAUCACCAACCCAUUCACAGAGGGGAAAAGCCAUUCAGAUGUGAGAUUUGUGCGAAAUCAUUUUCACAGUCAUCCAGCCUCCUUGUGCACCAACGCAUUCACACAGGAGAAAAGCCAUUCAGGUGUGAGGUGUGUGAUAAAGCAUUCUUGACAUUAGGGGAACUUCGAAAACACCGACGCAUUCACACAGGGGAGAGACCGUUUACAUGUGAGGUAUGUGACAAAUCAUUCUCGCAGUCAGAGAAUCUCCACACACACCGACGCAUUCACACAGGGGAGAGACCAUUUAGAUGCAAGGUUUGUGACAAAUCAUUCUUACGGACAGAGAACCUCCGUAAUCAUCAGCGCAUUCACACAGGGGAGAAACCAUUCACAUGUGAAGUGUGUAACCAGAGUUUUACACAGUUGUCAGGUCUGGUGCAUCAUCGGCCUACUCACACAGGCAACAAGUCAUUCACCUGUGACAUGUGCGACAAGUCAUUCUCACAAUCAUCGACCCUCCGUGAGCACCAAAGAAUUCACACAGGGGAGAAGCCAUUCAGCUGUGUGGUGUGUCACAAAUCAUUCUCACGGUCAGGGAACCUUCGUACACAUCAACGUAUUCACACAGGGGAGAAACCGUUUAAGUGUGAGGUGUGUGACAAAUCCUUCACUCAGUCAUCAAUCCUCCUUGUUCACCAACGUGUUCACACAGGGGAGAAACCAUUCAUGUGUGAGAUGUGCGACAAAUCAUUCUCGAGGUCAUGGAGCCUUCUCCUCCACCAGAGAACCCACACCGGGGAGUGAACAUUUAAGUGUGAUGUUUAUGAUGAAGGUUUUGCAAUGAUUCUGACCACCUUGCAAAACACAGAAUUCAGAUAGUGGUGAAACUCAUCAGGUGCAAUGUUUGUGGCAAGGUUUUCCUGCAGUCAAAUUAUAACUGGUCCAUCAAUGCACUGACACAGGCCUAGCAGUAUGAGGUCUGUAAUUAAUCCUUCACAUGGCUUUUGGACUUCCUGGAACAUCAAUGAACUUACACAGGGAUCUAUGCAACCAGGCUUUUGCCAAUCUGUCCUCAGAGUGUGUAACAGUGUACACAGUCUCACUGUGCAGGGUGUUCAGUGGGACUGGGACACAGAACAAGACGCAGCUUUCACUCCCAUCAAACACCUAGUGAUGACAUCACCAGUGCGGAGGGAUUAUGAUGUCAACAAUGGAGGCACCCUGCAGUGUGAUGUCAGUGACACAGGACUUGGAGCAAGCCCCAUGCAGUGAGGGAAACCCAUUGUGUUUGUAUCCAGAGUCAACACUAACUACACAACACUAUGCACAGAUUCAGAAAGAAAACCUAUUAUCUUUGUGAAAUCUUCAAGCAGUACCUUUGGGAGAGAGAAGGAGGUGAUGGUGGAAUCUGACCACAAGCCAAUUCAAGACAUCUUUCUGACUGCAGGCUGUUGUCACCAGUUGAGCUGGCCUGGGUGCAAACAUUCAACACACUCAACAAAAAUGAGCUCAUUUGGCAACUGUGUAGAAAGGUUGUCACCUCGAUCAUACACACUGAAAGAGAAUGACUAGAACUGUUUUAGCAACCAAAGACAUCUAUGUGCAAUUGGAAAAGCUGUUCUUUCACAGCAGACAGCUUGAAGAGGCUGGUUUGAUUUCACCAAUCAAGUGCAGAACUGAACCACCAUGAACCCCAGAGGUCAACUAUUCCCCAACAAAUGCUGCAGAUCGGCAACACCAACAACACCCACCUCAGUGAUGCCAUUCCCCUGAGAAAUGACAGCAGACACUGGCUGAUCAACUGGUAUCUAUUAUAAUAAGACUUGAAUGGUUCAAGGGUCAUGUGUGGAACAUGCAUAUGGGGCAGAUAAAAUUGGAACUUACUAGAAAGAACAAACAGUAUUUACAUACAUGGGUGACAUUUUUCUUGAUGGGCUAUAUAUGUGGAGUAACUUGCAAACAAUAGUGUAAAUAUUUUCCUGCGAAUUAGAUGUUUUGAGAAAUACGCAACAUCUUGCAAUAUGAAGCUGAUAUCUGAUAUCUUAUGAAAGUAAUGCUUUGGGGGCUGUAGCAUUCUGCACACCACAUGGAACAUUGUUUAAAAUGCAACUUCCUUCAAAUAUUUCUGAAGCAAUGAAUUUCUUGAAGCUUGGCAAACUGACAUAUGAAACAGAAAUGACUUUGAUCAGUAGAUCAGAUGGGAAUUUAAACCAGUCAUUGUCCCAUUUGAGUUCACUAAUUUCAGCUGCUGUCUCAGUUCUCCUGGUAAAUAUUUGACAGAGAUUUCUAGUGUGGGAAUAGCAUUUUUCAUUCAUGGAGGCUUCCAAAUGGACAACAUCAGUGCAGGAUGUGGAGUCUUAAAUGUGUUUGAAAGCAGAUCAGAAGAGGAACAUAGGAUUGAGGAACAAGGGAAGAAUGGAGAUACAAGGGAUAUACCAAGUACAGAGGGGUAGGAGCAAUUUCUUCUUUUCCUCGUUCAAUCUCUGCUCCCUUCCACAUUGUCUUGCUUUCUACCUCUCCUUCCUCAACCCAUUCUCUUUUUCUUUCUCCAGUAUGAAAAGAGAGAGAGAAAGUUUUAAACUCUAUCAUAAAACAAAGCAGAAACUGUGUUUAAUAUUAUUGAGGUAACAAAAGUCAUUAAGACUAUGUGAUACUAUUUUACCUGUUGCACCUGUUUAUGUGGCACAACUGAAAUAAACUAUUAUAUGUGGGCCUGUACUUCCCUGAAGUAAUUGCUGGCCACAACCCGUUGAAUAGUCACAAAUGAGACUGACUGUUGGUGCCUGAACGCCCAAAAACCUGAGUGUAAUUUGAAGAGUCACAUCAAACAGGCGUAACCGGCAGUGACUCACCACUUUCAUUAUUCUAAUCUGGAGCCAACAUUUUGAAUUUUGAGGCACGGUGGCUCAGUGGUUAGCAAUGCUGCCUCACAGCACCAGGGACCUGGGUUUGAUUCCACUUUUGGGCGUCUG